AUGGAAAAAACAAUUGAGAAUAUUGAAUCAUCGAAGAGUAAUGUCUCAAAACAAAAUGACAACGGCUUAGAUAUGAAGACUUUAUUUGUUAGGUCUAUUCCUCAAGAUGUUACGGAUGAGCAGCUAGCCGAUUUCUUUUCCAACUUUGCUCCAAUUAAGCAUGCGGUUGUUGUUAAAGACACUAACAAAAGAUCUAGAGGUUUCGGGUUUGUUAGUUUUGCUGUAGAAGAUGACACAAAAGAAGCAUUAGCUAAGGCCAGAAAGACUAAAUUCAAUGGACAUACCUUAAGAGUAGACGUUGCAAAAAGAAGAGAUCGUACCAGUAAGUCACCAGAAGGGGCUGAAAAAAGCACACCAGAAUCAUUUGAGAAAAUAUCAGGUCAGAAGAAUGAAAAUGACAACGAUGCUGAUGAUGAAGACUCCCUACUAAAAGGUAAACCAAAAUUGAUUAUCAGAAACAUGCCAUGGAGCUGUCGUGACCCAACUAAACUAAAAAAGAUAUUCACUAGAUACGGCACUGUUGUGGAGGCAACUAUCCCAAGAAAGCGGGAUGGUAAAUUGUGUGGAUUUGCUUUCGUCACCAUGAAGAAAAUCAGCAAUUGUAGAAUUGCCUUGGAGAACACCAAAGAUUUAAAAAUUGAUGGUAGAAAAGUGGCAGUUGAUUUUGCUGUUCAAAAGAACAGAUGGGAGGAUUACAAAAAAGCUCAACCGGAAAUCAACGAAAAGAGCAAUAAUGGAUCUGAAAAUGAAGAAGAAGAGGAAGAAGAGGAAGAAAAGGAAGAAGAAGAAGAAGAAGAUGAAGAUAACAGAGUAGACGAGGAGUUCGAUGAUGAUUCUAAAACUGAAAAACCAACACGGAAGGUACAAAACAAAAAGGAAGAUUUUUCCGUUUUUGUUCGUAAUGUCCCUUAUGAUGCUACCGAAGAAUCUUUGGCUGCACACUUCAGUAAAUUUGGUAGCGUAAAGUACGCAUUACCUGUUAUCGACAAGUCUACGGGAUUGGCUAAAGGUACUGCCUUUGUAGCUUUCAAAGACCAAUAUACCUAUAAUGAGUGUAUCAAGAAUGCACCUGCUGCUGGGUCUACUUCUUUGUUGAUAGGCGAUGAUGUCAUGCCUGAGUACGUAUAUGAGGGUCGUGUUCUCUCCAUUACUCCAACGCUUGUAAGAGAGGAUGCCGGUAGAAUGGCGGAAAAGAACGCAGCUAAAAGAAAGCAAGCCCUCGGUAAAGCCCCAGACGAGAAAGACAGGCGUAAUUUAUAUUUAUUGAAUGAAGGUAGAGUUGUUGAAGGUUCAAAGAUGGCAGAUUUAUUAACUAAUACUGACAUGGAGAUCAGAGAAAAAUCUUACAAAUUAAGAGUGGAACAACUAAAAAAGAAUCCGUCUCUACAUUUAUCGAUGACUAGACUGGCCAUUAGAAAUCUUCCUAGAGCAAUGAAUGAUAAAGCUUUGAAGGCAUUGGCACGUAAAGCUGUCGUCCAAUUUGCUACGGAAGUAAAGAACAAGGAAAGACAUCCAUUGAGUAAGGAGGAAAUUAUCAGAUCCACUAAAGAAAAGUAUAAAUUUAUGAGCCCAGAUGAGAUUGAAACUCAAAAAAAGAAAGACAAAAAAAGCGGUAUUGUAAAACAAGCCAAGGUUAUUAUGGAAGUUAAAGGAUCGACAGCAGGGAGAAGUAGAGGGUAUGGUUUUGUAGAAUUUAGGGAUCACAAAAACGCUUUAAUGGGGUUGAGGUGGUUGAAUUGUCAUGCCGUCACCUCUGAUGAAAUUUUAGAGGGCCUAAAUGAUGAUGAAAAGAAACAAGAGGAUAACGACCUAGGUAAAGGGAGACGUUUAUGUGUCGAAUUUGCAAUCGAAAACUCUAAUGUCGUAAAGAGAAGAAGGGAACAAUUGAAACAGGCAAGAACCAAAAGAACAAGACCAGAUAACGAAGAUGGCGAUGACGUUCGUGAAUCCGGAAACAAGAAGCCAAAGAAGGAAGAAGAGGUAAUUCCAGCCAUCUCCGACGAUAAAAAAAUGGGCGAUGAUGUUAAGAGAAUAAUUGGGUUCAAACGUAAGAGAAAACAUGGCAAAAAAUAA